AUGUCAACGCCAACAAAGACACGUCCAAGAACCACCAAAAUCCCCUUUUACGGCCGGUUCAAAACCCCGCGCACCCGAUCGGGCUGUCUUUGCUGCCGCCAGCGGAAAGUGAAAUGCGACGAGCAGCGACCGCGCUGUCGCCGCUGUCGGGACAGUGGGAGGACGUGCAUCUAUGGUCUGAAGCUGCGGUGGCUGGAGCCAGAGGAGUGUGCGGCUACGACGAGCCUGGCUCAGAGGGAUUCGACGACAGGAGGACGGCAGGCGACAGAGUUACUCCUCCUCAAUAUGACGUGCGACGAUUUCGACUUGUACCUGCACGGCCGAGAUUAUUGCUCGAACAGCAGUACACGGACAGAUGUCCGAGAUGACAUGUCGAUUGUGGUGAACGAUGUGGAUUCUGUUCCGGAGAAAAUGUCGCAAUUGAAGUCAAUAUCGCCAGCCCAGAAAAGACACGCUUAUCAGCUACCGCCAUCGCUGCAAUAUGCGCGUCUGAACCUGUCCGCAGCAGAGAUGGCCAUCUUUGACUUUUACGCCAACAAGAUGUGCCCGAAAUGCCGCUUCGCAGACGGUUCCAAAAAUCGCUACCGCCAGGUGAUCAUCCCCAUCACGCUGGUCUCGCCUCUGGUGCUUCGCUCGGUGCUGGCCGUGGCGGCGAACCAGCUGAAGCACUACGACGCCAGGUAUGAGGUCACUGCGCUGCGGUACCAGACUGCCACGAUUCGAGCGCUGUCGCGGAUGAUUGCCUGUACCAGCGGCACUGGGAACCGCAAUGCUGCCGCGUUGACACCAUCUCUAUCGAAAACCGAGAUUCUUAGCAUCAUCCUGAUGCUCUGCUUUUUCGAGUUCGCCAACGACAACUCCUGUCGGCCCGUCGCGACGCAGGCCUGGCGCGUUCACUUGGACGGCGCGCGACGGAUCCUCGAGCUUCCUGCAUCCUCCUUUGGAGGCGUAGGCGCAGCAUGCGACACAGGAGUCGUCACCUUCCUGGCCGGAUUCCUGGCCUCGCGCAGCAUUCUGGCAUACACGACCCUCGUCGAUCCUGCUGACGGGGAGGCUCUGUUCCGCGGGGGCUCGUACUGGCUGAGCAAGAUCGCGCGACCAGUCGAGGAGAUUGACAACUUCACCAGCUGCUCGAAUGAGGUGUUGUCUAUCAUUUUGGAGAUUUGUUAUCGAAUCAGAAAGACGAAAAGGAGGAAAGGCGCUACAGACUGGGGGUUAUUACGAGCGUGGAAGGAAGAGACAGAAAUCAGACUUCGGAAUCUUGUUCAAGAGCUCCCUGCAUCUGCCUCUGCAUCACCAUCGACUGCCUCCAACGCCAUCACGGAAUACCCUCCUGCCCUGACGACCGUGACCCGCACAGCGGAGGCAUUCCGGCACGCGGCGCUGAUCCUGCUGCAGCACCUCGACCCAGACGUACCCGUCGAGGAGAACCCCGUCGUCAACGACAGCGUGACAACAAUCCUGAACCUGAUGACAGCCGGAGUGCCCAUCUCUCCGCCGGGAAAAAGCGGGCGGUCCGUCUUCCUGUGGCCGCAUUUCAUCGCGUCGUGCCACGUGCGCACGGACGAGGAGCGGAUCGUCGUCCUGCGCAACUUUGACACGCUCGAGAGGAUCGGGGCGUCGGUGGCGAACCGUGCGGUGUCGUUCAUCCGCGAGGUGGUGGAGAGGGUGUGGAAGCAGCGAGAUUUGAGGGCUGAUCAUAAUAAUAGUGCCCUCUUCGUCCAUAAUAAUAGUAUUCCAUGCAAUAUCAGUGACGAUGACGAUGAUCCGGCAUGCUUCGAAUGGGAACAGACUCUGUCUGUAUUGAAUUUCCUUUAUUAUAUACCUGACUUGUAUAUAGAUAGACAUGGCAACCCUGUACAAAAGCCAAAAAUCAAACAAAACAAGACAGAAAAAAGAAUCAUUCCUCAUGAUUAA